UUCCUCUUUUCUCUGUUACUUUUAAUUAGUUCCAUCUCCUCGUACUCAUAAUAAUACUUCUAUAUAAUAAGGCUACGCUUUUCCAGUUCUUCAGAUCCGAACAUUAUUAUCCGAAUUUUCCGAUUCAAUUUUUAUAUAUAGAUGAAAAUUAAAUUUUGUCCUGGAAACAUAUUUUGCAUUCCGCCCCUUUGUUUUUCGACAAUUUUUUGAAUCUUGUCGUUGCAAAUUCUAAUUCUUUCUGCUUUUAUUUUGUUUCUGAUUCUGAUUCUAAUUCUAAUCCUAAAUCUAAUUCUAAUUCUGGGAGGACUAUAUACUAGUUGUAGUUGGUGAUUUGAGUAAAGGAAAGAAAAAAACCCUAGGUCACAUGAUGGAAGAAUGUAAUCCAGUCCAAGAGGUAGAGGAGGGUGAGAUCUCAGAUUCGGCUUCAGUUGAAGAAAUCAGUGAGGAUGCCUUCAAUAGGCAAGACCCACCUGCUAAGAUUGUCAGUUCCAACUUACCCAAUAAUCAAAAUCAAAAUCAAAGUCAAAAUUCGACUAGGGUUUGGACCAUGAGAGAUCUAUAUAAGUAUCCAAUUUCGAGGGAUUAUGCUAGGGGUUUGUAUAACCUGGCUUGGGCUCAAGCUGUGCAGAAUAAGCCUUUAGACGAACUUUUCGUCAUGACUACUGACAAUUCGAAGCAGUCUGCUGAUGUCGAAUCUUCUGAGAUUGACAAGGUCAUCAUUGAUGUGGAUGACGAUGCUAAUGCUAAGGAGGAAGGAGAGUUGGAGGAAGGCGAGAUCGACUUGGAUGCCGACCUAGUUCUAAAUGUUGGUGAUUCUGUUAAAACUUCAAAGGAGACCAAUUUCAUUAGGGAACAACUUCAGAGUGUUACUCUAGGCGAAACCCACAAAUCCUUUCCUGUGGUUUGUUCCAAAUUGCAAAGUUCAUUAGACAGCUUGGGGGAACUAGCUGUUUCGACAGAUUUCGUGCCAGGGAAAGACAUUCUUAUUCAACUCUUUAUGACUGCAGUGCGAACCAUAAAUUCUGUUUUCUGCUCCAUGAACAAGAAUCAGAUGCAAGAAAACAGAGAUAUUCUAUCUAGGUUGCUUUUUCAUGCAAAGAGCCAAUUACCUGCUCUUAUGUCUUCUGAGCAGUUAAAAGAGGUGGAUGCCGUGAUUAUCUCUAUUAACCAGUCAGUUGUUUCCUCAAAUACUGAAGACAAUGACAAGGACAAUGGGAUCAAAGUUGUUGAACUGUUAGAUAUGAAGGUUUCUCAUAAAUCUUCUGAAAAUGCAAAUCAGGAUCUUACUUCUGUAAACAAGUAUGAUUUAGGUGCUGUAUCUACCAAAUCUUCUGGCCUGGUGGAGCAGAGUGUGUCAUUUGAAUCUUUUAAACCAGGAUUAGCCACUUCUAAAGCUAAAGGGUUAUCCAUUCCUUUGCUAGACCUCCAUAAGGACCAUGAUGAAGAUACUCUUCCGUCACCUACACGAGAAAUUGGACCACAUUUCCCUGUUGCAAAAGCAUCUACACAGGCUCAUGGAAUGGUGAAACUGGAGUUGCCCCUUUUUGCGCGUUCUCUUGAGAAAGGGAAUUCUUUAGUGCAUCCUUAUGAAACUGAUGCCCUUAAAGCUGUUUCGUCUUAUCAACAGAAAUUUGGUCGAAGUUCCCUUUUUGUUAGUGAAAAGCUUCCAAGUCCAACCCCAUCUGAAGAGGGUGAUAGUGGCGAAGGGGACAUUAAUGGGGAGGUCUCAAGUUCUAAUGUUGUACAUAAUGCCAGCCUUCUGAAUGAAUCUAGCAUGGGGCAGCCAAUAGUGUCUUCUGUUCCCCAGACCAAUAUUCUUGCUGGACAAGGACUGGGAACUGCUCGGACUGCAGAUCCCCUGAGUUUUCUGCCAAAUCCUUCUUUGCGAUCUUCUACAGCAAAAAGUAGAGAUCCCAGACUCAGAUUGGCAACCAGCGAUGCAGCUGCUCAGAACACGAAUAAAAAUAUCUUGCCUAUCCCAGACAUUGAUUUGAAAUUAGAGGCUCCUUUAGAGAUGAUUGGUUCAAAAAAGCAGAAGACGGCAGAGCUACCAGUCUUUGAUGCUCCAUUGUCAAAAAGACAAAAAAGUGAACAGACUGAUUCAAUCAUUGUGAGUGAUGUGCGUCCUUCAACUGGAAAUGGUGGUUGGUUAGAGGAUAGAGGGACUGCUGGGUUGCCAAUUAUGAGUAGUAACUAUGCUACAGAUAGCAGUGACAAUGACAUUCAGAAAUUGGAGCAAGUAAGAGCUAGUAUCACUACUAUACCUAGUGUCAUAGUUAAAGCUGAUGAGAACUUUCCAGUGACUGGCAUUAGCACGUCAGCAACUUUGCAUUCUUUAUUAAAAGAUAUAGCGAUAAAUCCAUCAAUAUGGAUGAAUAUAAUCAAGAUGGAACAGCAGAAAUCUGCUGAUGCUUCUAGAACUACAGCACAAGCUUCAAGUUCUAACUCUAUUCUUGGAGCAGUUCCAUCAAUGGAUGUAGUAGCUCCCAGAACUUCUGCUAUUGGGCAGAGAUCAGUAGGAAUACUUCAGACUCCUACACACACAGCAGCAGCAGCAGCGGAUGAAGUGGCUAUAGUCCGCAUGAAACCUCGCGACCCUCGGCGUGCUCUUCAUAAUACUGCAGUUCUAAAGGGUGGUAAUGUUGGAUCAGAUCAAUGUAAAACCGGUGUAGCAGGCACACACACUAUGAUAAGAAGUCUUUGUUUCCAAAGUCAAGUGGAUCAGUUGGAUAGGAAGUCAGCUGUGGCACUUUCGACUACACCACCAGACAUUGCUCGCCAAUUCACAAAAAAUUUGAAAAAUAUCGCUGACAUGAUCUCUGUUUCACCAUCCACAUCACCGUCUGCUGCUUCUCCCGACAUGAUCUCUGUUUCACCAUCCACAUCACCGUCUGCUGCUUCUCGAACUCAGACACAAUGCAUACAUGUUUAUCAGAGUAGAUUGGAAGGGAAGGGAGCAGUUUCUGAGCCAAGUGAACGGCUGAAUGAUGCUGGCUUAGAUUCUGAAAAAGGUUCUCCUGGUUCGUUGCAACCACAGAUCUCUUGGGGAGAUGUUGAGCAUCUAUUUGAGGGGUAUAGCGACCAACAGAGAGCUGAUAUUCAGAGAGAAAGGGCUAGGAGGCUUGAGGAACAGAAAAAAAUGUUUUCUGUUCGGAAGCUAUGUCUCGUCUUGGACUUGGACCAUACUCUUUUAAAUUCAGCAAAGUUUGUUGAAAUCGACCCAGUUCAUGAAGAGAUAUUGAGGAAGAAAGAGGAACAAGACCGUGAAAAGCCGUAUAGGCACCUAUUCCGGUUUCCACACAUGGGAAUGUGGACCAAGUUACGGCCUGGGAUCUGGAAUUUCUUGGAGAUGGCUAGCAAUCUUUUUGAGCUGCAUCUCUAUACCAUGGGGAACAAACUAUAUGCCACAGAGAUGGCCAAAUUGCUAGAUCCAAAAGGGGAUCUGUUUGCUGGACGAGUGAUCUCCAGGGGUGACGAUGGAGAUCCUUUUGAUGGGGAUGAAAGGGUUCCUAAGAGUAAGGACUUGGAGGGGGUUUUGGGCAUGGAGUCGGCUGUUGUGAUUAUAGAUGAUUCUGUCAGAGUCUGGCCACAUAACAAGCUAAAUUUGAUUGUUGUAGAGAGGUAUAUUUACUUUCCUUGCAGCAGACGACAAUUUGGUCUCCCUGGUCCUUCUCUUCUUGAGAUUGAUCAUGAUGAAAGACCAGAAGAUGGGACAUUGGCCUCUUGUUUGGGGGUUAUUCAAAGAAUACAUCAGAAUUUUUUCGCACAUCGGUCCAUAGAUGAAGCUGAUGUUAGGAACAUCUUAGCCACAGAACAACAAAAGAUUCUGUCAGGUUGCCGUAUUGUCUUCAGCAGAGUAUUUCCUGUUGGUGAAGCCAAUCCUCAUUUGCAUCCUUUGUGGCAGACCGCUGAACAGUUUGGUGCUGUCUGCACUAGUCAAAUUGAUGAUCAGGUUACCCACGUGGUUGCCAAUUCUCUUGGGACGGAUAAGGUUAAUUGGGCACUUUCCACUGGACGAUUUGUUGUUCAUCCUGGCUGGGUGGAGGCAUCAGCUUUACUUUAUCGGAGGGCAAAUGAACAUGAUUUUUCUAUUAAAUCUUAAAUUAACACAAUUUGCGUCUCUUGGUUAAAAGAAAACCGAAAAAAGGGCUUGAAGAUGAAAUCAAGAAUUGGAUGGAUGUAGAAACGGAAACACUAGCUAAUCAGGAAAGGGAGAAUCGUUUUAAGAUAUGCUUAAGCUUGAUUCUCAAGGAAUGCACCCAAGUCCCUUGCUGGCUUGACCAAUUUUUGCUUCCAAAGUAAUACGGGCUGAAGCUUUAUUUAUGAGAAUUCAGUAGCGGGUAUUCUGUUUAAAUGCAUAGAUAACAAAGCUGAUGAAGAAAAAGGAAAGCCACUUAUAUAGUUAUCCCUUUGGAGACAUCCGAUAAACGUUGAACAAUACAGUACUUGUCAGAAUCUGGGUUUUUCGGGUGGAAUGGGCAACUGGAAUCCCGUUAAUGGUGGCAAACAAGCAAUUAUUAAAUGGCCUAAUGAAAACUCAUGGACGACUAAUACACUAUCUAGAGCCCUCAAUUAAGGAAUAACUACUUGUAAUGUCCUUAAAACCUGCGUUGAUGAGUGACAUCUUCAAAGCCAUAUGAUUUUAUUGGCUCAUCUUCUUGGCACGUUUUAAUAUAGUUAAAAAAGAAUUCUAAGGACAUUGACAUAAGACUUUUUUCCAGGUGCUGUUGGAGGAGUUAUUUAGGAGCUCUUUGAUUUACCAACUUGAUAUUUUUAGACAUCUAAGAAUAAAUAAUGUGCAAGGCUAUAUAAUUAGCUAUUAGGUUGAGGAAACUAACAUAAUGCUUGUAGUGAAUCAUAGUAUGGGUGCAAAAUUAUAUGUACACAUAUCAAGGUUGAUGCAAACAUUAGAUGUGCGAGUAUUAUGACCAAGGGGCAUACGGGUGCAGGGUGAACAAAUUAAUUGUACCAACAUUCAUGGAAGGCUCUAAUCGGCAGGGAGUUUUGAAUGUUGCGCUUUUCCGCAUUUAGCAUCUAAUUUCUUUAUCUUUUUGUAAUCUAUCAAAAUAUUCCAUA